AUGGUUUCACGACCACCACUAUCCGGUGCGGCUUCGGUCCCUUCAGAGACUGGCUCGGGUCAACCGAGCGAUCAAACUAUGACUGGCACAGGUGCUACUAUACCUCAAAAGAUGUUGAAGCGAAAGGCUGAAGCAGAGGCUGCCGAACAAGGAGCAAGAUCUGGAGCCAGCUCGAAUGCGAAGAGAGCCAAAGGAGAAUCCCUAAGCGAGAGCUUCCCUGGCGAUCAGCUUGCGAGUUUGCUUGAUAGGUGGCAUGUGACAGGACCAAGAGGUCGCGACUUCCCCAGGUCCAAACAAGCAAGGUCUAUUCUCAAGGGUAGAGAAUGUGCGAUCCUCCUCAAACUUCGAUCGACGGGAGUAGUCAAGCAAGGCGUCCCGAUUUUCCUUCAGGCUAAGGUCAGGCUUGUUACUAGCAAUCAAGCUCCAGCCGUCUUGAUUAUUCUUCAAGGAGGCUAUCAGAUUCAACUCGUAUCGAACCAUUUCAAGAGAGAUGUGAACGUGAAUGAAUCACGCGGUUUAAUUGACACAAAGGUUUUUGCCAGGGAUAGCAAAGUAUUGAAGGAUACUCUCGAGAAACCAUACCAUGUCAAUCUACGCGAAGAGGUCAUCAAAUCGGUAAAUGACAUCUUCACUGUGGAUACUAAGAACCUCCACCUCAUGGAAUUUGAACUGGAAGGCAAAUUUUGGUUUGAAAGUACACCCGAACUGCCAUCGAAGAAAGAAGAUCUCACUGAGACUCAAUUGCAUGACCAAAACUUCGCGAAUUCAAUACUUGGGCAGCUGAAUCGUGGUCGAAACGAUGCCAUCUGCAUUCGAGCACAAAAACACGUCUUUCCUGUCAUCAAUGCAUACCGGCCGAACUGUCUCAAAUUGGCCCAUUCGAGUCGCGAGUUGUCAUUUUACACAAACUACAUUGGAAACACAGCUGGAAGUCAAUUCUAUAGAUGGCAUGGUGAGAAAGGAAACCCAAAUUUGCCAAUUGUUCGUCAACAUUGGAUGCAAGUACCCUCCACUUCCAGAGAUUCGAUGCAAUAUCGUUCAUAUCCUGCGCAGAGAAACUUCUCAAGUACAAAGGAGCUCGAGACAAUCCUCAGUGUUGGUCUCAUCGGAGAAGCAAUGUGGGACAACGUGAACAUUGCUAGCCAUUAG